AUGGCGGAGCGGGGAAUCCCCGGCCCGGCGCCUCCCGGGACCCGUAGUCCGCGGCCGCGCUUCCGGGUGCCUCAGCCAAUCAGCGGCCUCCGUGUGACCGCGCCCGCUGCUCCCGCCAACCGGAGCCGCGGGGGGCGCGCGGGGCACGCCGGGAGCCGCCGUGAGGGCGAGGCCGCGCCCAUGGAGGAGCGGGGCAGCACCGGCGGCGCCGGCACCGGCCCGGGGGCUGGGGCUGCCUCUCCUCCCGCCCCCGCCGGGGAUCCCGCCGGGGAUCCCCCCGCUGUCCCCGCAGCUCCCGGUGCCCGCGAGGAGGAGGCGGAGCAGGACGCCGAGUCUCCGGUGUCGGAGCCCGAGGCGGGCGCUUCAGCGGACGCUGACAUGGAGCUGCUGAGGACGCUCCUGUCCCGGAGCCUCGGGCUCGGCGGGGACAAACCGGAGCCGGUGCUGGACGAGCUGAGCCUGCAGGGCGUGAGCCGCUUCCUCAGGAGUGACCGCUGUAAGAACAUCGUGUGCAUGGUGGGCGCUGGCAUCUCCACCUCUGCCGGGAUCCCGGAUUUCCGCUCCCCCGGCACCGGCCUCUACUCCAACCUGCAGAGUUACAACCUCCCCUACCCCGAGGCCAUCUUUGAGAUCGGUUUCUUCAAGAAACACCCAGAGCCUUUUUUCGCCCUUGCCCGUGAGCUCUACCCAGGGCAGUUCAAGCCCACCGUGUGUCACUACUUCAUGAGGCUGCUGCAGGACAAGGGGCUCUUGCUGCGCUGCUACACCCAGAACAUCGACACUCUGGAGAGGGUGGCAGGGCUGGAGCCGGAGCUGCUGGUGGAGGCUCACGGCACGUUCUUCACGUCGCACUGCCUGCGCUCCUCGUGCCGCCAGCGCUACGACCUGGCCUGGAUGAGGGAGAGGAUUUUCUCCUCCCUGGUCCCGAAAUGUGAGAAGUGCCAGGGGCUGGUGAAGCCUGACAUUGUGUUUUUUGGGGAGAACCUCCCCUCGCGCUUCUUCACCCUCCUGGAGUCGGACUUUGAGAAGGUUGAUCUCCUGCUCAUCAUGGGCACCUCGCUGCAGGUGCAGCCCUUCGCCUCCCUCAUCAGCAGGGUCCCCACCAACACCCCCAGACUCCUGAUCAACAAGGAGAAGACGGGACAGAGUGACCCCCUGAUGUCCCUGAUGGGCUUUGGGGGGAUGGACUUUGACUCAGACAAGGCCUACAGGGACGUGGCCUGGCUGGGGGACUGUGACAGUGGGUGCCUGGCUCUGGCUGAGCUGCUGGGCUGGAAGGAGGAGCUGCAGGAGCUCGUGCGCAGGGAACACGCGGCCAUCGAUGCCAGGGGGGGGGACCCCCAAAAGGAGGACAAGGAUGGGGGGAACCCCAGAAAGAGCCUGGGGGACGAGGCCAAGGCUCACAGGGACCCCGAGGAGAGCCUGGGGGACAAGGAAAAAGCUCAAGGUGACCCCAAAAAGAGCUUGGGGGACAAAGCCAAGGCUCAAAGUGACCCCAAAAAGAGCUUGGGGGACAAAGCCAAGGCUCAAAGUGACCCCAAAAAGCCCCAAGGGGACAAAGCCAAGGCUCAAAGUGACCCCAAAAAGCCCCAGGGGGACAAAGCCAAGGCUCAAAGUGACCCCAAAAAGUCCCAGGGCAGCAGCGAGGACCCCCCAAACAGCACAGGAGGGACACCCCAAAAUUAAAUGGUCACAGAGGA